AUGGUUUCUGAUUCCAUCACUGGCAAUGACGGAUACCCACUGUAUUGUCGACGAUCAGUUGAGGAUGGCGGCAAAUUCAUCGUUCUGAAAGUACGAAACGUUGAUGUUGAAGUCGAUAAUCGUUGGGUUGUGCCAUAUUCACCGUUGCUUUCAAAGACCUUCAAAGCACACAUUAAUGUUGAGUAUUGCAAUUCAGUGAAGUCGAUCAAAUACAUUUGCAAAUAUGUCAACAAAGGAAGCGACAUGGCAGUCUUCGGAGUAGGGAAUGUGGCCGCACAGCUCGUUGAAAUCAACCAAUACCAACUUGAACGCUACAUUAGCAGCAAUGAAGCAGUAUGGCGCAUCUUAUCAUUUUUAAUCCAUGAACGAUAUCCAACAGUAGUACACUUGGCGGUGCAUCUCGAGAAUGGACAGCGCGUGUACUUCACAUCAGAAAAUACUCUACUUUAUUCUGAGGUACCGAAAUUCUACACAUGGAAUGCAUCUGCUAAAAAGUUUCAACAAGCAAGGUACUUCUAUCUGCGAUUGCUGUUAAUCAAUGUACGUGGACCGAUAUCCUUCCAAGAUUUAAGAGAAGUCAACGGUCAGCUGUGCGCCACUUAUCGCCAAGCUUGCCAGGAGCUAAAUCUUCUUGAGAAAGAUGCACAUUGGGACACUUCGCUCGCAGAUGCAUCGAAUACUGCGCGACCACAGCAAAUGCGCACGUUAUUUGCCGUAAUAUUGACAACCUGCUUCCCAUCUAAUCCAAAAGAACUUUGGGAAAAUUACAAGGACUACAUGAGUGAAGAUAUUCUACAUCGUUUGCGCGCUGCGAAUCAAAAUCUGGACAUUCAAUUCACACCAAACGUGUAUAAUGAGGCACUGAUUUUGAUUGAAGACAUAUCUUUGGCAAUCGCUAACAAAGCGCUGGUGCUACUGGAAAUGCCUGCUCCGAACCGACCAGCGAACGACAUUUUCGAUCGGGAUUUGCAACGAGAAACACACUUUGAUUCUGACGAACUGGAAACAUUUGUUCAGACAAAUCUUCCGCAGUUGAUUCCAGAACAACGCAUUGCGUAUGACAGAAUUAUGCGUGCAAUCACAGAACAAAGCGGUGGACGGUUUUUCAUAAAUGCGCCUGGUGGUACAGUUUUAUGGCGUAAUAUACAGAAAUUGACUCUGAAAACCAACAUGCGUGUACAACUACAACGGGAUACAUCGGCUGGUAAUUUUGCAAAAGAAUUAAUGGAUAUUGGAAAUGGGCGAAUGCAAAUUGAUGAUUCCACACAAUGUAUCACCUUGCCAGCAAACUUCUGUAGGAUCACAGAAAGCAUAGCCGAAUUGGUGCAAAAGAAUGGAAUACCCGGCGAAACGACAGCAUAUAAGUCCAUCGAUACUGUGGUGAAUCAAGACGAAGUUGUCAACUAUCCAACUGAAUUCUUGAAUUCGCUUGAUUUGCCAGGCAUGCCACCGCACGUUCUAACAUUCUUCUUCGAAACAUAA